AUUCCAUAUCACAUGCUAUGUCGACGCGCUGUGCAGUUAGUUAUUCGCUAACGUCAGACAGUCAUGGAGGACACACCAGCACCCAUUCGUAACCCAGAGAUUCUGUAUACAAAGAUUUUCAUCAACAAUGAGUUCGUGGAUUCUGUCAGUGGCAGAAAUUUUCCCACCAUUAAUCCUGCAACAGGCAAAAGUAUAUGUGACGUAGCUGAAGGUGACAAGGAGGACAUAGACAAGGCCGUAGCUGCUGCUAAGGAAGCUUUCAAAUUAGGGUCGCCAUGGAGACGGAUGGAUGCAAGUCAGAGAGGUCGACUUCUGUACAAACUUGGAGAACUGUUUGAAAGAGACGCACAGAUGAUUGCGAGCUUGAUAACACUAGAGAUGGGGAAGCCAUACCUUCAGGCAUACGAGGAAACAUUGUGGUCCGCAGAUAUCCUUCGCUAUUACGCUGGAUUCGCUGACAAAAUCGGUGGAAAAACAAUUCCUAUGGAUGGAGACUACUUUUGUUUUACCCGACAUGAACCUGUUGGAGUUUGUGGUCAGAUAAUUCCGUGGAACUAUCCCCCGUCCAUGUUCGUUUGGAAGGUAGGCCCUGCCCUAGCAUGUGGUUGUACAGUUGUAAUGAAACCCGCGGAACAAACCCCAUUGUCUGCUCUGUAUAUGGCAGUUCUCUGCUUAGAGGUCGGAUUUCCCGCUGGUGUGAUAAACGUUGUCCCUGGUUACGGACCCACGGCUGGAGCGGCUCUGACAGUGCAUCCGGAUGUGGACAAGAUCGCCUUCACUGGAUCUACAGAGGUCGGCAAGCUUAUUCUUCAAGCUGCUGGUGUGACCAAUAUUAAACGCACUUCUCUAGAACUUGGCGGGAAAAGUCCGAACGUCAUCAUGGAUGAUGCUGAUCUUGAUGAUGCAGUGACAUUUGCCCACAAUGGGGUGAUGGAUAAUGCUGGCCAAUGUUGUGUGGCUGGAAGUAGAACAUUCGUGCACGAAAAGAUAUACGAUCAGUUUGUGGCCAAAAGUCGAGAACUGGCGGAGAAAAGACAGGCGGCUACCGGAGAUCCAUUUGAUCCUAAAACACUUCAUGGUCCACAGGUAGAUGAAGAACAAUACAACAAAAUUUUGGAUCUAAUUGAAUCCGGGAAGAAAGAUGGCGCUAAUGUGGAGUGUGGAGGCGCUUCAGUCGGAGGGGAAGGCUUCUUCAUUAAACCGACUGUAUUUUCUGGAGUGAAGGACCACAUGAGGAUUGCUAAGGAGGAGAUAUUUGGGCCCGUACAACAACUAUUUAAAUUUAAAACACUGGAUGAGGCUAUCGAACGCGCAAAUGCUACAGAAUAUGGACUCGGUGCUGCCAUUUUUACCAAUAACAUUAACAACGCCAUGAUGUUCAUGCAAGGUGUCCGAGCUGGAUCAGUGUGGGUGAACUGUUAUGAUGUAGAGAGUCCGCAGACACCGUUUGGAGGAUUCAAAAUGUCUGGGAUAGGGAGAGAACUCGGUGAACAGGGGUUGUCCCACUAUCAAGAAGUAAAAACGGUUACGAUGAGAAUCCCGCAGAAGAAUUCGUAAUCAUACUUGUAUGUGGAGAGGAAUGUUCCUACCAUUUCAUUUCCUCCGUUUGUCAUAUCUGAAUUGUGAAACAGUCACUGUAUAUCCGGGUCAUAAAGACGUCAUCUUUCUCAAA